CGCGGAGCCAAGGCCCAUGCUGAUUUCCUCGCGCGCGCGGUUCAGUGCGGGCGCAAGCUCUCGAUCGACAGGCGGCUCCGGAGGGCUUUUGCAUCGCAGGGCUGCCCCCGAGCGACAAGAUGAUCCUCACGCAGUGCGCCGUCUGCGCCACCGAGCUUGGGCUAUCCUUGGGCAAGAAAUGCGGCCGCUGCAGCACACGCUACUGUGGGCCCGAAUGCCAGGUGCAGCACUGGAAAGAAGGCGGGCACGACCAGCUCUGUAAGAAAAUAAAAAAAGCAGGCGGCGCCGAGCAAUACAACGCAAAUGAGAAGUACGCGGAGGCCGUCGCGGUCGCGGUCAAGAAGUGCGCGGAGGACACGAAGGGCCAGACGUGCUACAUCUGCACGCAGGCUUUGCAUUGGAAAACGAAGGAGGGCCUCGUGCGCGGGUGCGCGUGCCGCGGGACGGCGGGCUUCGCGCACGUGUCGUGCCUGGCGGAGCAGGCGAAGAUUUUGGUCGCGGAUGCCGAGGAGAGGAAUUUGGAUGAUGAUAAGUUCGAGCGGUGGUACACGUGCGGCCUGUGCGAACAGGAGCAUCAUGGCGUCGUGCGGUGCGCGCUUGGGUGGGCUUGCUGGAAGACGUAUGUGGGUCGGCCGGAGACGGACGCGGCUCGGCGCUUAGCAAUGGGCUUGCUUGGGAAUGGUUUAUCCGCGGCAAAACAUCACGAGGACGCCUUGGCCGUGAAAGAGGCCGACUUGUCUACGAUGCGGCGCCUUGGCGCGUCAGAAAAUAAUAUUCUCGUCGCGCAGAGCAAUCUUGCGAACUCGCAUGUGAGGCUUGGACGAAACGAACAGGCCUCAAAUAUGCUUCGAGAUGUAUACUCCGGACGUUUGAGGCUCAAUGGCGAGGAACAUCAAUCAACCCUCCGAGCUGCCCUCAACUAUGCGAUUCUCCUUGCCACUCUAAAGCGGUUCAAAGAGGCCAAGUCGCUGCUGCGCCCUGCGAUUCCCGUGGCGCGGCGUGUUCUUGGUGAGAGUCAUGAUCUUACGCUCUCGAUGCGGUCGAUUCACGCCUCUACGCUCUACCUGGACCCCGGUGCCACCCUCGACGAUUUACGCGAGGCCGUGAUGACGCUCGAGAAUGUGGCACUCAUCACCCGGCGCGUGCUUGGCGGCGCGCAUCCGCUCGCGGUGGGUUUUGAGGGCAGCCUGCGAAAUGCGCGAGCCGCGCUCGCCGCCCGCGAAGGCGACGACGUGAGCGCCCUCUGCGACGGGGUCGACGCGAUGACGCCGAGGGGUGCGUAAGAAUAUCCAUCUGCU